AGUCCUGCAAUAUUUUAAGAAUAAAUAUUAUGAUGGUCCGUCUCUGAGAGAGAGACACGUGGGGACACACCAUAAAUCAACUCCUGAAACUACAAAAAGAGGUUCGAAAAGUUGAUGAGCAUGCGACGUGGAUUUCAUAUACAGAAAAAUGAUGAAGAAGGAAUAAGAAGCAUAUUAAUUAAUUCAGUUACAGCAUUUCAUUUUGAUUUUGAUCCUUCUCCGAAUCUCACUCUCUUCCAAUUCAUAUUCGCGCCAACUCUACCGAACGAAAAUGGCGGAAUCCACUUUCAAUUUCCUCCACAAUUUCGAAUCAUACAGGGAUUCUUAUGGAUUUACAUUAAGGCCUCAAUUCGCACAAAGAUAUAGAGAGUAUUCCUUAAUCUACAAGGAAGAGGAAGAUGAAAGAUCAGAUAAAUGGAGAAGUUUCAUUGAACAGGUAGACAAAUCCUCUCAAACAAGUUCUUCUGAGAACGAACAUAAAGAAACAUUGAAAGCUGAAAGUAGCGAGGUAAAAGAAGAGGGAUCUCCUCAUAGGGUAAGUAACGGGGAUGAUUCAAGUAGCAAGGUUUCUUCCGAAAGUCCAAAGGUAGAAGAGACAAAUGCAGACAUAAUUAGUGAAGCAAAUGAUUCAAGUAAGAGGAAUUCUACUGAAGUUAAUGAGAUAGUAGAAGAGACAAUUCCAAAUAGAGUUAACAAAGAAGGUGACUCAAGUAGAAGUACUUCUUCUGAAGAAACCGAGAUAAAAGAAGUUACUAAUCCUGGGAGGGCCACUGAAGGGGAUGAUUCAAGUAACAGAAAAUCUUUUUCUGAUUGUUCUACAGCAAAUAAUUCUGCAAAGGAACUACACCAUUCGGAAGAAAGAAAGACCCGUAAGGUUCAACGCUGGUCUAAAAUUAGACCAUCUCUUAGUGCCAUUGAAGAAAUAUUGAGCUCUCGUGUCAAGAAAGGAAAGAAUCUGAAAGUUGAGAAGAUAAACGGUAGUCGUGACCACCUUCCAUCUAUAGAAGAAUCAGAACCUGUAGAAGGGGCUCCUAAGGAAGAUAUUCAGAGAGAGGUCUGCACUAAUGAGACACUAGAUGGUGGUAACAGCCCAAGGGAAGAAAAUGAUUUAACGAAUCAAAUCUUGCCAGAACUUUUUUCUCCGUGGAAGGAACUGGAGUUUCUUGUUCAGGGAGGAGUCCCAAAGGAUCUUAGAGGAGAGGUAUGGCAAGCCUUUGUAGGUGUGAACACACGACGGGUGGAGAGUUAUUAUGAUGAUCUGUUAGCUCAAGAAACUAACAGUUGUGAAGGCCAGGAGCAAGAUGUUCUAUCUGCUGCAGAAGGGAAAUGCAGAAAGCAGAUUGAGAAGGACAUACCGCGAACUUUCCCAGGUCACCCUGCUUUGGACGAAAACGGCAGAAAUUCCUUGAGGCGUUUACUACUAGCAUAUGCUCGACAUAACCCCUCUGUUGGGUACUGUCAGGCAAUGAAUUUCUUUGCUGGUUUAUUGUUGCUUCUUAUGCCAGAAGAAAAUGCCUUUUGGACAUUCGUUAGAAUUAUUGAUGAUUAUUUUGAAGGCUACUAUACGGAAGAAAUGAUAGAAUCCCAGGUGGACCAGCUCGUUUUUGAGGAAUUGAUGCGUGAAAGAUUUCCUAAACUUGUUAAUCAUCUAGAUUACUUGGGAGUGCAGGUGGCAUGGAUAUCUGCGCCGUGGUUUCUAUCAAUCUUUAUGAACAUGAUUCCAUGGGAAAGUGUUAUUCGAGUUUGGGAUGUUCUGCUAUUUGAAGGGAACCGUGUUAUGCUAUUUCGAACAGCGCUGGCUCUAAUGGAAUUAUAUGGUCCUGCAUUAGUUACUACAACAGAUGCAGGUGAUGCAAUUACUCUAUUGCAAUCACUUGCUGGCUCAACAUUUGAUAGCAGCCAGCUUGUCCUUACUGCUUGUAUGGGUUACCUAGCUGUGACUGAGGCAAGAUUGCAGGAACUGAGGAAAAAACACCGACCGUCUGUUUUAGAUAUUAUAGAAGAAAGGUCAAAGAAAGGACGAGUUUUUAAAGAUUCCAAAGGGCUUGCAUCUAAGUUGUAUAGUUUCAAGCAUGACCCAGGGUCACUGGUAGAAGAAAAAAAACCUAAUGACAAUGGUGAUAUGGUAGCUGAUAAGAAUGUGCAGUUGGACUUGGAGUCACAUUCAUCUAACAUAGAUGAAUUGCUCAAUAGCCUCAAUAUUGAUGCCAAAGUGGACUCCCUACCAGAUGCCCAUGAACAGGUGGUUUGGUUGAAGGUUGAGCUAUGCAGAUUGCUGGAGGAGAAAAGAUCUGCCAUACUCAGAGCCGAGGAACUAGAAACAGCUCUAAUGGAAAAGGUGAAGGAAGAUAAUCGUCUGCAGUUGAGUGCAAGGAUUGAGCAGUUGGAGCAGGAGGUAGCUGUGUUACAACAAGCCCUUACCGAUAAGAAGGAACAAGAAGCUGCCAUGCUGCAGGUCCUAAUCCGGCUAGAGCAGGACCAAAAAGUUACUGAAGAUGCCCGCAGAAGAGCAGAGCAAGACCUUGCAGCUCAGAAAUUGGAAGUUCACAUGCUCCAGGAAAAGUAUGAGAAGGCCAUGGUAUCAAUUGCUGAGAUGCAGAAGCGAGUUAAAAUGGCAGAAAGUAUGUUGGAGGCUACCCUUCAGUAUGAAUCUGGUCAAUCUAAAGCACUAUCUUCUCCAAGGGCUGGUCGUGUUGAAAAUCCUCCACGCAAGGGUCUUCUAAGUUUUGGACUUGGUUGGCGUGAUAGAUACAGGGGAAAACCUAACACCGAGGAAUCUAGCGAGAGUCCGCGUGACAAUGCCACUCCAAGAAAAGAAUCCAAUAAGGAAGAACAGGAUAAAUAGAGCAUGCAGGGAAGUGGCGCACGAACCCACAACUCAGUUCUUUCCUGCCAACUGUUAAGUUGUUGCUUAUUCCUGAUUAUCACUUCUCCAUUUUCAUUGUUAAUUCCCCUCCUUUCUUCAUAGUCCAUUGUAUUCUGCUAAACUAAAAUCCGAUGUAAGGAAUUGUUUGAUGUAUUGAUAGAUCAUUUAGGUGUAGAAUACCAUUGUUCCAAUAAAUGUACAUGCUAAAUAUAGUAGAAAAAAUAGAUGAAAUUAUGUACUAACUGAAAGAGACGAAAUUUUGUACUAACUGAAAGAAGAAAAAAACUGAUCUUGGUUAACAAGGACUAUUCUUUAUCCAUA